UCCAAAAUGGCAUCCCUGCUGCCCGAGUUACUCUUUGAGAUUAGUGGUCAGGCGGCUUCUCCCUCUAAAGAUUUCUAUCAUCUUGCUGUAACAAAACCAGAGAUAUCAUAAUUUACAUGAAGAGAAGUAAUAUGGAGGUGGUGGAAGAUUUCUUUGCCUAUGAAGCAAAAAGCAUUGCCUGGAGAAAGGAAAAAUAAUGAGUUUCUAAACGUUGACAAACUACAGCAACACAUUAUUGCGGUGUUUGGAUCAAAGAUCCUGGAGUAUUCACUUGGCUUGUGUGAAGGGAGGUUUGAUUAUCUGGAGCGUUUAAUAUAUGAGUUAUGUACUGCUGAUAAACUGCUACUGCAUGUUCUUUACUAUCUGAGCUACCAGGACAUUUGCCACCUCAACCAGACCUCACACCUUUUCAAGAAGCUAUGUCAGUCUAAAGAAUUAUGGGAGCAGGCAAUGUGGCACAGUGGUAAUGAGCUCACACCCGAAAUAGAGAUGAUGGCCAACAUGUGUGGCUGGAGAAGGAUCAGUCUCUAUCAUAGUACAGCCCAGCAUUACAGCGAAGCAGACAUAAAUGUGCACAUGAAUGAAAAUAAGAACAAAGCUGAGCCACAUGAAUACCUCUAA